ACUUGGCGAACAACAUGAUAUUCCAUAUAGUUUGUGUUAUAUGUAUUGCGGCGUUUGGAUUAGCAGACGAGCUCACGCUCCCUGUAGAUACCUGCAAAAAGUCUUCUUCGUCUGAUUAUUCUGCCUGCUUGAAAGAUGCGAUAAAAGAAGCAUGGCCGCGAUUUGUAAACGGAAUACCAGAAUUUGAUUUUCCACCUUUGGAUCCAUUAGUACAUAAAGAUGAGUCAUUUGAAUUUGACUUGGGCGAAAUAAAUAUAAAACUAAACGCAUUGAAUUUUACCGUGAUUGGCUUAAGUAACAUCGAUUUCGACGAUGUGAUACCGAGCUUACACGAUGACAAUGUCUUUCGUUUGCAAAUUGAUAUUUUCAAAAAGCAAAUAACUUUUCUUACUUCCUACAUCCUCAAGUUAACUAUUGGUGGGUUUUUUGAAAUACAAAGAAAAGGACACUGUGAGGUAAUCAAGACCAACGUCAAAGAAACCUGGGUUCUCACAGGUUGUGUGACGAACGACGUUUGGUUUGUGGAAGAUUUCAAAAUACUUAAUAACGAUGGAAACUUGAACAUACAUUGCACUGGAGUAUUCCCCAACAAAGCAAUGGAGAAUCUCUUCGAAAAGUUAAUAAGUCACAAUUAUUUGGAGCUGUUUAGAAUAACGAAUCCAAUUUUCGACUAUAUCUUCUCGCCAUACUUACUUGACUAUAGCAACCGUUUCUUGGCAAAAGUUCCCUUCUCCGUGCUGUUCCCAUAAAAUUUAUGUAUUUGUCAAGAUUUAUUAGAUGUCUACUAAAUUCCAAGAAAUUGGGAACACGUUUGCAGAAAGACAUCAUUGUAACAUUAAAAUAACUGUGAGGUUUGAGCCGCUAAGUUUUUAUGAUUAUUACAAGAUUUUUAUAAAAAGCGAUUAUUUUGCGAUUUGAAUAUAAUAGAAGUGUAAUAAAGGAUAAAAUAUAACAAAUCACAAACA